CUACACAGGAUGGUUAUAGCAUGAUCUGCAAGGUGCUUUAGUUAUAUUAGGCUCCUUAGGAAUGAAUGAAGUCAUCAGAGCUAAGGGGCAUCAAAUUCUGAGUUCGCCAUGUUGACACUGGACAUCCUAUUUGAGGGUAUGGAGAUAUGAUUGAGGUUUUCAGCAUAAGUUCUGUGCCACAACAUUUCAAGGGCUGACAGGCAUUUACGACAACCAUAGCUUCAACGUGUUGGAGUAAUGUGGACAAAUGUUUUCAAAAUUGGAGGUUUUCGUCAGAUAUCGUGGUUCCAGUUUCUCCCUCAUGAGUCUGAUCUCAACCCGCUGCCUGACAAAAGCACAAAGUUGGAGCAGAAAGAUGCUGCUACUCUACUGGUGCUUUCAUCCCAUCUGCAGUUGCAGAAGGAAGGAUUUCUCAGUGCAUGGACGAAUUCCUUUGUUGGGCCUUGGGAUCCUUCUCAGGGUGUCCACAAUCCAGAUGAGAAAAUCAAGCUCUGGCUUUUCCUUCCUGGGCGUUAUGCAUCUGUUAUAGAGUUUGCUCAGGCUGCUGUGUCUAGAUUAAGAGUUGUUGCAUCUGGGGUCUGGUUGGCUCCUGGAGAUUCAGAGGAGGUUGCAUCUGCUCUAUCUCAGGCUUUAAGGAAUCGAAUAGAAAGAGCCCUGAAUGGACUUUCCUACAUGAGGUUUGGUGAUGCAUUUUCGAAGUACCAACCCUUUUCACAAAGUGAAGAACUUUUCAGGAGAGGACAGCCUGUGGUUGAGUUCAUCUUUGCUGCUACUGAAGAGGCAAUUUUUGUCCACGUUCUAAUAUCUGCGAAGCAUAUCCGGGCGCUUUCAAGCAGUGACAUGGAGAAAAUACAGAAUGAUGCUUCCCAUUAUUCUGGUGACAGGCUUCCAGUAAUUACCGCACCUCAUGGAAUGCGUGGUAGGGUUUCUGCGUUUUGUCCAAGUGACCUCGUGAAGCAAGUCUAUUUAAGUUCCGGCAAGUUUAGGACUUCAAAUGGAAUUGUCGGUUUGCAGCGCGAUGUUUCUCAGGUUUCUGGUAGCCACCUCAAAGGGCAAAGUUGUUAUGUUGAAGUUACCCUUGGUUUCCCCUCUACUGGAGAUAAUGAUGCUCAUAACUCGAAUUUAAAAAAGAGUUUACUCAAGCAUCAUGACACCGAAUCCUCUGCAGUGGCAAGUGGUAUCCAGAAGGGAUUGCAUGAUCAAUUUUCAGUUUCUGAAAGGACAUUCAUCUACCCAGUAGAGGCAGUGAUUGUCCCAGUCUUGCAGACGUCAUUUGCUAGAUCUUCUCUGAAAAGAUUCUGGAUGCAAAAUUGGAUAGGGCCAUCAUUAUCUGGUUCACCAUUCCUUAUGCCCUGUGUUGGAGAGAGAGAUUCUGCAGAUGGAUCUUGGACUAAAGCCAAUGGAAUCCGCUCAGAACAAGAUUAUCAUAGCAGCAGCAAUAGUAUUAGUAGUAGCAUCAGCAGCAUUAGUGGCACCUCUAGUGAUAGCGAUUGCCAGAUGGCUGCAGGAGUUGGCGAGCUCGAUGCAGAUGCUGACUCAUUGACAAGUAGACAGUCAGGUUUAUCUUCAUAUGAGUUUCCAAAUAAUGGCUCCAAAUCGGGUUCCAAGCGUCCAAGAGCAGGUAUAGGUGAGACUUUUGGCCAAGCAGCCCUGGUUACAAAUGGUCCUAUCCAAGACGCAUAUAAGUCUGAUUACGGCUCUCUUGAAGUUAGCAAUUCAUCUAUAACUGGAGUUGCAAAUGAUGUCGGAUCUCAUUGGGAUUGGGAGGAUGAUAACAGAGGCAUGGAUAUCCAAGCACUUCUCUCUGAGUUUGGUGAUUUUGGUGACUUCUUUGAAAAUGAUGCUUUGCCCUUCGGGGAGCCCCCAGGAACUGCAGAGUCCCAGGCUCUUAUGUUUUCCAUUCCAGAUAGUGGUGAUCUGGGUAGCAGUCCUAACACCGGCAUCAUGGAUGCUGCAGAUCAGAUGCUUUUACCUGUAGGCUUUCCAUCCUUCGACAAUUUUAAUCAGCCUUCAGUAGCCACGGAGGAGAUUCCAAGCAAAAAUCAAGAAGUUGUGAAGAAUGCCGUGUCUUCAGUUGCAGUUGGCACAACUCCAGCAUCCUCUGUUGGUGAGUUUGACCAUUUGGUGAAAGCUGAAGCACUGAUGACAUUUGCUCCAGAAUAUGGAGCUAUUGAAAUUGUAACUAGUGAGUUCUCGACAUCGAUUUUCAGUAACCCGUACAUUCCAAAGUCUCGAAAAGUUGAGAGUACAAAUUCGAGUCCGGAAAGUUACGUGUAUAGUGCAACACCGCCUUCAUCUCCUUGCUUAGAUGGAUCUGAUGAGAAGCAUGGCGUAGCUGUGAUGUCAAAAGCAUGUUCCAACAGGCAGGAUUCUAGUACCUCUCUCCAUCCAAAGACAUAUUAUACUGCUGUUGAACGCGGGAAAGAACACGAUAAAAGACUCAUUGCUUGCAACAAUAGCGUUGCGACACACGGUGUGGCACCGCCGUCUUCACUCUCUGGGUUCAAUUCCACCAACGCUGUCAAAUCUGGACUGAAAACAAAUGAAGCAACAGUCGAACCGGAUAAUUUUCUCAUGUCUACAAGAACUGUGCUUGCCACAGAAGUUGAAUGCCUUAUGUUCCAAGCUUCUAUGUGCAGGAUUCGACAUACCCUGAUAUCAUCUUGUAGCCCUCCGCCCAUGGGGUCAAUUAGGUUGGCUGGAAAUUCUUUUCUGAAUCAGGUGCACUGUGAACCGAACACUGGAACAGGAAUUGUUUUUAGCAAGUAUGAGGUGAAAAAGAAGGACUCUAUUCCAGUUAGAAUCGCUGGGGAUAUUGAUAGUGGACUGCUAGAAGGGCCACUUAAUGCACCCGUGGGUGUUUGGCGCUCUGUUGCAGUUCCUAAAGUUACAAAACCUUCGAUGUCACCUAGUAUGGAAAUUUGCCCAUCCUUGCCUUCUCAUUCGUCCGAGGAAGGUAUACUAUCUUAUGGGCAGAGGCAACCACUUCAGGAAUUCCUUGACGGUUUGGCAUUACUUGUUCAACAAGCUACCUCAUUCGUUGAUGUGGCGCUUGAUGCUGAUUGUGGUGAUGGCCCUUAUGGUUGGCUUGCAUUACAAGAGCAAUGGAGGCGCGGAUUAGCUUGUGGACCUUCCAUGGUUCAUGCUGGUUGUGGAGGGAGUUUGGCUUCUUGUCAUUCAUUGGACAUCGCUGGCGUAGAACUAGUGGAUCCACUGUUAGCUGAUGUUCAUGCAUCAUCUGUGAUUGGAUUGCUGCAGUCAGACAUCAAAACAGCUUUGAGAUCUUCUUUUGGCUCUUUGGAUGGCCCAUUGUCUGUCACUGAAUGGUGCAAAGGCCGUUCAGGUGAUGCAGGAACUGUGGGUGAUGGAUUUGCCUCUGAACUCACUGGAGGUGAAUGUAGAGAUUCUUCAAGUACUGUAACUUUACCUGUGGGUGAACAGCUAAGCCCAUCCCAAUCUUCUCUUGGCGUCAAGGGUGGAGGUAGGGUGGAAGAGACAAGCCAGUGGAGAUCAAACCAAGAAACCAGUGCAUCAGAGUCAGAGCAGCAAUUGGGUUUCCGUCGCAGGCCAACAUUGUUUGUGCUUCCAGCGCCUGCUCUACUUGUAGGGUACCAGGAUGAUUGGCUCAAGACAUCAGCAAGCUCUCUGCAGCUCUGGGAAAAGGCUCCUCUUGAACCAUAUGCUCUGCAGAAACAUAUGACUUACUGUGUCAUAUGUCCAGACAUUGAUCCCCUUACUACCGCCGCUGCUGACUUUUUUCAACAACUUAGUACUGUCUAUGAGACAUGCAAACUGGGAACUCAUUCACCUCAAAGCUUGGGAAACCAUAUGGAGGUGGAUUCUGGAAAAUGGUCAUCAUCUGGUUUUAUUCUACUUGACUGCCCUCAAUCAAUGAAGAUAGAAAGCAGCACUGCAUCUCUUGUUGGAUCAAUUAGUGAUUAUUUUCUGUCCCUGUCCAAUGGUUGGGAUUUGACGAGCUUUCUGAAGUCUCUCUCAAAGGUUCUUAAGGCUCUAAAUCUUGAUUCAUGCUUUGCCUCGAACCCAAAGGAAGGAAGUACAGGUCCUUGUACGGUUAUCUAUGUGGUUUGUCCCUUCCCUGAGCCUGUUGCAGUCCUGCAGACUGUCAUCGAGUCUUCCAUUGCUGUUGGAUCAAUCAUUCUGUCGAAAGAUAAAGAGAAAAGAUCCAUAAUCCACAGUCAGGUUGGGAAGUCCUUGAGUUGCUCGGCAUCUGUGGAUGAAGCAUCAAUAUCAAAUGUGUUGACACUUCCAGGAUUCUGUAUUCCUAAAUUGGUCCUUCAGAUUGUAACAGUUGAUGCCAUUUUUAGGGUCACAAAUCCAGCUCUCAAUGAGCUCGUCAUUCUGAAGGAGAUUUCUUUUACUGUUUACAAUAAAGCUAGGAGAAUUUCACGAGGAUCCUCCACCUCCACCACUGACGUGGUCCAAUCUUCUUCUAUGUCAAGUAGAUCUCAUUCGGCUUCGAUGCAAAUGACAUCUCCAAUCUCAGGGAUGUGGAAGGAGUGUAUUGGUCCUAGAAUAACAGGUCCAAGAGAGAGUGAACUUGAUCCUACCUUGCGCCAUGGUUCUUGGGAUAAUAACAAUUGGCAAUCGUCAAGAGCAGCUGGCGGUUUUGGGAUUGAUCCACAUAGAACUGGAGAUUUUCUUAUUCAAGAUGAGAUUCGUUAUAUGUUUGAACCACUAUUUAUUAUUGCGGAACCUGGUUCACUGGAGCAUGGAGUCUCACCAACAAUUUUUGCUAACAUAGCAUCGGAAACUUCAAAGCCUUCUCUAUCGGAUGAUUGUACUAGUGGGAGCAUUGUGCAGAGUUCAGUAGAUUCUACUGGACCAUGCUCCCAAUCUGAUGGAUCGGAGGGGGCAGAAGGCUUUGGAUCUUCUGGCCACCAAAAGACACUUCCUACUCUACACUGUUGCUAUGGAUGGACAGAAGAUUGGCGUUGGCUAGUAUGUGUAUGGACCGAUUCUAGGGGAGAGUUGCUCGACAGCCAUGUAUUCCCCUUUGGUGGAAUUAGUAGUAGGCAGGAUACAAAAGGCCUGCAAUACCUUUUUGUCCAACUGCUGCAUCAAGGCUGCCAAAUUCUUCAGUCGUGCUCUUCUCCUGACUCUGGUGUUGUCGUCAAGCCAAGAGAUUUUGUGAUUACACGCAUUGGAUGUUUCUAUGAACUUGAGUACCAAGAAUGGCAGAAAGCACUCUAUUCUGUUGGGGGUUGCGAGGUGAAAAAAUGGCCUCUGCAAUUACGGCGAUCUGCACCUGAUGGGAUGCUAGGAAGCAGUAAUGGGACCUCAUUGCAGCAGGAACAGGAGAUGACUUUAAUUCAAGAGAGAACCCUUCCUUCUUCGCCUAGUCCUAUAUACAGUGGUCACUCAAAAGCAUCUGGUUUUGUAAAGGGUGGUGGUCUGGGACAGUCCUCAGGUAGAAAGCAGCUGAUGGGUGGGCCUCCAGUCAUAGACCACCCUAGGGGUAUGCUUCAGUGUGUGCAAAGCAUCAGUUUCAUCUCAAUUUCAGUCGACCAUUCAUUACAUCUGGUUUUCCAAGCUGAUUCAGCAUCUCCUGGGACUACUCAGGGUAGCACCAGCACUGUGAACGUGUCAGGUGGUUAUAUUGAAGGGUUCACUCCGGUGAAGUCUCUUGGUUCGGCAUCCACAUCUUAUGUUCUAAUCCCUUCACCCAGCAUGCGAUUCCUUCCCCCAACUCCGCUGCAACUCCCCACAUGCCUCACCGCCGAAUCCCCUCCACUUGCCCAUCUCCUACACAGCAAAGGCUCUGCGAUUCCCCUUUCCACAGGAUUCGUGGUAUCCAAAGCUGUACCUUCUAUGGGGAUGGGGAACGACUCCUCAAGGAGGAGCAACUCCUCGAAAGAAGAAGAAUGGCCUUCAGUUAUUUCCGUUAGUCUUGUUGAUCAUUACGGAAAUGGAAGUAAUAACAGCGGUAAUACUCAGGAGAAAACUAAAAGAGGGAUUGUUAGGGGCUCAGAAGCCAGAGAUUUUGAAAUAGAAACCCAUUUGAUACUUGAGUCUGUAGCAGCAGAACUUCAUGCUCUAUCGUGGAUGACUGUGAGCCCCGCUUACUUGGAAAGGCGAACCGCGCUGCCCUGCCACUGCGACAUGGUUUUGAGACUCAGAAGGCUUCUUCAUUUUGCCGAUAAAGAGCUCUCACAGUCGAGGCGCACAGAAAAGACACAAGUCUAGGUUUCUUUGUGGACUGAUGUUUUAGGUAUGUCAGUUUUUUUUUUUUUUUGUAAAUUAUGUGUCAGCUUCUCUUCAUUUGCUGUUGUAGUUUGACCAUGCUGAUGAACUGCAGUGUUUUAGAUUUCCCGUGAGUUGGGUAGUGUGGGAAAGAAAUGUAUACAGAUUUAGGCUUAGAGAUAGAAAAGCAGAUCUCAAAUUAUGUAUCAGACCAUCAGAGGAGGUAUUUAUUUAUUUAACUACAUGGUAGAAGGCGUCUGAUUCUACCCGAGUCACAGAAACCAUGUAGUCUCCUAUUCCAUUGAUAAAAGUAAUUUAAUGUUGUAAGUUUGAUUCA